AUGUGUCUUAGUAUUGUUGCAAGUGUGUCUAGUAUUGUUGCAAGUGUGUCUAGUAUUGUUGCAAGUGUGUCUAGUAUUGUUGCAAGUGUGUCUAGUAUUGUUGCAAGUGUGUCUAGUAUUGUUGAAAAUGUUUCUAGUAUUGUUGCAAGUGUGUCUAGUAUUGUUGCAAGUGUGUCUAGUAUUGUUGCAAAUGUGUCUAGUAUUGUUGCAAGUGUGUCUAGUAUUGUUGCAAGUGUGUGCAGUAUUGUUGAAAAUGUUUCUAGUAUUAUUGCAAGUGUGUCUAGUAUUGUUGCAAGUGUGUCUAGUAUUGUUGCAAGUGUGUCUAGUAUUGUUGCAAGUGUGUCUAGUAUUGUUGCAAGUGUGUGCAGUAUUGUUGAAAAUGUUUCUAGUAUUGUUGCAAGUGUGUCUAGUAUUGUUGCAAGUGUGUCUAGUAUUGUUGCAAAUGUGUCUAGUAUUGUUGCAAGUGUGUCUAGUAUUGUUGCAAGUGUGUCUAGUAUUGUUGAAAAUGUUUCUAGUAUUAUUGCAAGUGUGUCUAGUAUUGUUGCAAGUGUGUCUAGUAUUGUUGCAAAUGUGUCUAGUAUUGUUGCAAGUGUCUAG